UGGAGACCAGACGUUAGUGAAAGCGGCUGGUCUCCUUGGGAUCCAUUCUGAGACAAGAGGUGGCAGAGUCUUCCUUGGCUUCUGGAGACUGUCUGUGCCUGGAGGAUCAGGACUCUCCUCUUUUCCCCAAUGGCACAGAAACACAUCCACUCUAGGACUCACUCCACAGGGCACAAGUUGCAAGUACUGUGGUCAGAGAAGAGCCUGGAGUCAUCUCCCCUACCUCCCCUCCGACAUGCCAAAAGCCACAGCAAAACCAAAAUGAAGACUCUGAGUAGAAUCCAGCCAGCAGUGCAGAGCUCUGGAGAGAUGGCAAACCAAGCAAAGAAUCCACGAGGGCCGCGGAGAAGGGAACAAGCACACCAUGGGAAGAUGCAGGCCAAGCUCCGGCUGAUGCGGUCGAUGCUUCGAAAUCAGCGGACCUCACUCCAGGAGCUCUACAGCCACGAGAGCUUCCUCAGCAAGCUCAACCAGGAGCUGAUCAAGUCCAUCCAGGACAUGGAGGACAGCAUGGCCUUGAGCGUGCGCGCAAUGCUGCAGCAGCAGGGCAUUCUCGGGAAUGUCAUCGACAUCUUGGAAUACUCAAACAAGAAGCAUGUGCAGCAGCUGAGGGCUGAGCUCCAGGAGUGGAAGGAAAAGGAGGAGAACAAAACAAACAGCCUGCAGCGGGAGGUAGAACAGCUGAAUGCUGAGAUCCUGAAGGCCCACGAGGAGGUGAGUUUCCUGAGCACCUACAUGGACCACGAGUAUCCCGUCAGGUCGGUCCAGAUCGCCAAUCACAUACGCCAGGUGCAGCAGGCAAAGGGCAGCCAGCAGGAUGAGCUGGACAACCUUAAGGAGAUGCGUGACAUGGUCCUGGGGUGUUUCUCCGAUAUGAUUCAGGAGAAGAAGAAGAAAAUCCUGAGGUCUCUGAUGGUGAAAACCCAGCAGCCCUAUGAGGAGGUACUUACGCUGAAGACGCGAGAUAGCCGACGCCUGCAGAGGUGCACGGUCUGGUUCAGAGAGCUAAUUGAGCAGCUGAAGAAGGAGAUACCCAUACUAGCUGCGGAGGUGGAGAAAAUGUAUGCAGAAAUCUGGAAUCCCCGAGAGGUCGUUUUUAAGGAUAUUCUACUGCAGAGACCUAAGUGCACCCCAGACAUGGCUGUUGAACUCAACAUUCCUGUACGAGAGCCACUCCCCUUCUGACCCACAAUCCCUCCUCCACCCCUCUCCCUUGCUGCUUGAACCAGGCAGGAAUUCCCAGUCCUUGCUGCCAAUAAA